AUGGAAUUUCUUGCUUCUGCCCCACCACCAAUUAUAAAACCUAAUAUUUAUAACGUGGAUCCAAAAAAUGCGACUUUAGUUCCUUUAAACAUUGCAAUUAGAAUAUUCGUAAAACGUUUAGAAACCAACCUUAAUAAGAAAAAUGGUCAUAAAGCUGAUCUAUUGACUCAUUGGAUUAUGGUGAUAAAAGAUGAAUGGGGGAAUGUUGAUUUGAAGAAAAUCAUAAAUCGUGAAUGGAAGACUGGUGACGUUCCUAAAGUCCUGCUGCAACGUAAUUUUAGAACAAAGAAAAAACAAAAUUCAUGGAAAAUUCAAGCUUCAUUGCUCGAAAAAAAUAAAAAACCAAAGGUUGAUAAGGACAAAAAAUUUAAACAAGAAGAAAAGGAAAUAGAAAAUAUUAAUGACAACGUAAAACAAAUAAAUCUGAAAGAAAUUGAACCAUACAACUCUGCAAAUGUAAUAGUAACGAUUAAUGAUUCGCAAAUCGAAUGCGAUUCAGUUUCUUCAUCCAACAACAUUGAAUCUACAAAUUUAGGCGAAGAAGGAGGUGGGGAAGUGGCAGAUCAGUUAGCUAUUGAUGGCAUUGAAAUUGUUAAUCCUAAUGAUCCAACAACUUGCGCUAUCAACAAUAAUGAUACUAGGCCAAAUAAUACUAUAAAUCACACGUUCCAAUGGAACUGUGAUUAUGGAAAUGAUGUUUCUAUUACAGGAACUUUUGAAGAAGGAUUGAUAGUUUCUGCAAAUGACGUCGUUUACAAUGAUGAUAUUCGUCAAUCGAGUAAUUUACAAUCGCACGCAGCUUUAAUUUAUAAAGAACUUCAAGGUGAAUUAGAAACACGUCAAUUAAUAUACGAGAUUGAUUCCAAACUUCAUAUUUCCGAAGCACCAAAAGGAAAAGAUAAAAAACGCGGUCAAAAAUUAAAAGCUUACAAGCAACAAUUGCUUAAUCAUUCAAUAAGAUUACAAGAUGGCGAAAAACGAAUUAUUUUACAUAAAUUUGAAAAAAUAUUAGAUGGUUGGAAAAUUGUUGUUGAUAUAAAAUCAUAUUAUGACGAACUUUCCAGUUCAUUUUUAUUAUCUUCUUCGGAUUACAUAAAUAUCUAA